GUUUACUUUAUAACUCAUGUUCUUCUUCAACGUGAAAUCACCAUAACAUAGCAAAAGCAUGUUCUUCAACCAUUUCAUUUUCAUCAACAACAACUAACUUCGUCUUCUUCAGCAACCCCACCACCACCACCACCAUCAUAUAGAAGUAAUAUAACAACAAAAGCAAUUUUUAAACGCGAAACCAGUUACCAAAAUCAAAAACCCAACUUCAAACACAAACACACACGCUCAAACACAGAAAAUGACAGAUUCUUCUAGAAACUUCGACAUGAAUCAGCUUAUUUCAAUAAGCAACGACCUCGUUAACGUUUUGCAAGACCCUAACGAUCGUGACCUCAACAUCCUCUCCCAAUGUCUCCAACACACACUCUCACUUUCUUCAACCUGCCAAUCCGACCUCAACCAGGUUUCCUCUUUGUUCCAAGAUUAUCAGAACAAAAUAGAUUCUCACAACCAGAAAAUAAAGGAUGCAAGAUCGGAAACUGCUGCCGAUGCAGAACUAGAGCUUUUACAGAGAGAACUUGAUGAAGAACUCGAAAAAGAACGCUUGUUGAAAGAGGAGUUUAGAGCCAUCGGCAACGAGUUUAAUGAUCUAGAACAACAACAGAUUUCUGUCCGAGAGCAGAAAAAGAAAUUACUGAAAAUUGUGCAAGAAAAGCAGAGGACACGGAUGCUACUUUCGAUGUACGCUUCUGUGACAAAUAUUGUUCCAAACUUGGAUGAUCAAUCAAAAAUUUCAGGCUAUAUUGUUGAAAAGGAAAAACAUGCAGUUGAGAAAUUUGAAUUCGACACAUUGCAGAUGACAACCCUUGACGUAUGCAAUGACAUGUGGAAAACAAUAAGUAAUUGAUGCAUGUCAAACAUGUAAUUUCUCAAAUUCAGUGCCAUGUUAGGAAUGAAAAUCUUACAAUGUUGAUUGAAGAGUUCAAUGUCUCAAUUUAUUAUGAAUGAAUGAAAAUCUUGCAAUGUUAUUGAGAUGUUGAUUAGUAAGUUUCAUAGGUGUGUAUUUCAUGUCAAGAAUUGGAUACUGAUUUGAAUAUUCGCAUACGAUGUGCAGUAUACUUGGAAACUUAUCGCUGAUUUA